AAUGCGAAGCAAAGUUCUAUCAGCUCCAGCAAGGGCUACAGGACCGGUCGGCGCCGCGUAUGAGCAUGUGGACAAGAGACGAGGUUGAAAAGGUUAUUCGAGGUGCACACAAGGCCGAAAAGGAGGCGCUACGGCGAGGCGAGCAGGACAUUAACUGGGAGGACGUGGUGAAGGAGACCAGGCUUGCAAGAGAUCCGAACGAGUGUCGGAGGAUUUAUGAUACGUAUUACCAUUUGUGUCGCGUGAACCUGGGUCUUGAUGGGAGCAACCCCAAGAUCCUGGGACUGGUGGGUGUACUGGGACUGGCAGGUGUGUACAUUCUAGGCGAGCCGCUCUUUACAGCACUUGUCGGUUAAGCGGAUCAGGAUACCAGGGUACUGGGUUCUGGCCUGUGUCGCCCACUUGGCCUCUGGGAAACCACGGAUGUUGUGAACCUCUGAGCACUCUAUCUUUAGACAAGAACAGUGAACUUUGGAAGUAGGAACGACAAAUGAUGCCAU